CGGUAUAUCGCCAUUGGAGUACUUAUCCUGUAGCGGCGGCGAAAGAACGAUUAACUUAUGUUAUAGUAAUAGGCCUACUUCCCCUGUGGAGAUGACACAACCGUACCUGAUGUCGCUUCAUUAUAGAUGCCCGCGGAAGUUCGGGGCCAUUCAUAGACUAACAUUGCAUCCAAACGGAACAGUUUCGGACCAAUGCUGUCACAGGAAGCUCAAUAUUGCAAGCGUUGGUGAAGAAGCGUUUGGUUUGUGUUACUGAUUUUCAGCUACAUUGUUUAUGCGCUGAGCAAGGGCUUCAACAUCCUUCCAUAGAUCUGUUUUCCAGCUCAAGUUCAACCUCAAGUCAUGGCCUGCCUGUGCUGGUGGUGGCGCUGGGUAGUCACACUAGCGGCAUUCAAUGUGACAUUUCUCUGUCUCGGACUUCUGUACAACUACAGCAUACUCUUCGUGAGUUUGAAGGAGGAAUUCCAUGCUGGAUCCGCAGCAACAGGUUGGGUUGGUUCCGUGGCUAUAGCCCUUACCGGCCUCUGUAGCCCUCUCACGGUCAUCCUCGAACGCAAGCUGAGCAAGCGAACUAUUGUCAACCUAGGAGUUGUCGUCUUCAGCGCAGGACUGUUCGUGACGUCAUUCGUUCCGGCCCUAGGCUACGCCUAUUUCACGUUUGGAGUUAUGACGGGGGUCGGUGCGAACUUCAUCAACCAGCCCACAAUGGUAGUGGUUUUGGAGUGGUUUGCGAGAAAGAAUUUCUCCCGUGCAAUGGUCUUUACUUUGUUAGGAUCAACUUGCGGUAUGUUGGUAUUCAGUCCCGUGCUAACGACGUGCAUUAGUCACUACGGAUGGCGCGGUGCACUGAGAAUUCUGGGCGGUGGCAUCCUCGUUUUGGGCGUCGCGAACGGCAUGUUUCUGACCGACCCACCAACUGAAGACUACACUGCGGCGCCCGAUGAUGAGCCUCCUGACGAAAAACACGAACUGGAGAACAUGGACAAGGUGAAGCAAGUUCCGGAAGGGGGCACCGAGGGGUCUGAUUAUGAAAAGCGAAGCAGCAAGGGUCACGGUGCUGACUUAAGUGAAGGGAACAUUGAUCUCCAAGUGAACAACAUCGACAACUCUGGAUUUCUGCACCUUAUUAAGAGCCUUGAGGUCUGGUUGUGGUCCAUUGGUGUGCUGUUCAGUUACCUUGGGUGGAAUUUCUUCAAUAUCAAUUUUGCCAGUUUCAUGGAAGGACUUGAUUUCAGCAGCAGCCAGACAGCCUCUGCCAUUAUGCUCUUUGCUUGUGGGGAGAUUGGCGGGAAAUUGCUCAUAGGUGUGAUCGGAGAUCGUCUGCCCUUCAUGUCCUUGUACUUGCUCGUUAUAUCGUGUAUCUUUGGAACUGUCGUCCUGGGAUUGCUGGCCAUUGUUAAGACUUUUACAACGGUUGCUGUCGUCGCUGUAGUGUCCGGCUUACUGCGAUCGUGUAUCUAUGGGACAACUAUUCCAAGUGCAGCGCAGUUGUUUCACGAGGCAUAUGGCGCCCAUACUGUCGAGGUGUUAUCGUUUGUGCCACCGGGGAUCGGAACGCUGAUAAGUGCACCUGUAUCAGGUGUAUUGUAUGACGUCACGGGUGACUACGUCCUCGGCAUUUUUGUCAUCGCCGCCAUCUUUGUCUGUGCGUCGGCAGCGUUGCUUGGCAUUCCCUUGCACAGGAGGUUUGGGUCUCGUGGAUUGUCUGGCUCGGGUGGAUCAAGCCUUCCCGUUCCAUUAUAAGCUGCUGGUACAGAGAUAACGCCGCCAUAUUUAUACCUCCAUAGGCCAUAAUUGAGCGCUUGAGGGCGCACUGUACUGACGCCAUUUUCUGGAUAUGGACAUCGAUGGUACAGACACUAAGAAUAUCACGUUUAACAUUUCAUUCAUAAAAUUUACAACUUGUAAACUGGGUUUUUUUUUAUUACAGCAACAAUUGGACUACAUCGCCCUCAGUCGCUGAAAACUAUGACCUAUUGGUAAUAGGCCGAUCCACUAAGCCCCUCCCACUGCGCACAUACUGCAUUAUUCCAGACGCGCGCGUCGUACUUAAAAUUAGUGUUUAGACUGUUAUUUUCGCUGGACAUUAUUUUGGUUAAGCGGUCACGGCUGAUGCGAUUGGUCAAAUUUUCGUAGACGGGCUGAAUGGAUCGGUCUAUUGCGACUGAGAAAACAUACAACAAUGUAGCCUGGGAAUAGUUGUUGAGUAUGUUCAGAUGCACCAUACAUGUGUAUUUGCAAGUUACGCAUGAUGUCAUUCUUAAGGCCUCCCUUACAGAAAUGUCCCAUGGGCAUCCCAUGGGAUGCCCACGGGGUCAUCAAUAACACCAUGUUAGUUAAAAUGAUCACCAUGGGAGAUUUUAUGCUCAUCAUGGAAAAACCAUGGGAACACCAUGGAGAUUGCAUGAACACCAUGGGAACACCAUGGAGAUUGCAUGGACACCAUGGGAAUACCAUGGAGAUUUUAUGAGCUCCAUGGGCACACCAUAGAGGAAUUUAUGAACACCAUGGAAACACCAUGGGUAUUUUAUGGACACCAUUGGAACACAAUGGGGUAUUUAUGAACACCAUGGGAACACCAUGGGGAUUUUGUGGACACCAUGGCAACAUCAUGAGGAAACUGACGUAUGUAAAUGUACAGUCGACUCCCGUUAGUACAAACUCUGUUAAUACAAAAUUCUGGUUUUAACAAACAUAAAGCCUUGGUC